AUGAUAAAGCAUCCCGGCAUUGUGAUCGUUGAAAAUGACUUUCCACAGCUGAAACAGUUGUGUCAUCUGAUGGCUACUCGAAUGUCCUGCAAAAUCAGUUGCUAUCACAACAGAUGUACGAAAUUCCCUAAAUUUUUCAUUCAUUCCUACUCAUUGGAUGAAUUCAUUUACAUUGAUAGAAACGAAAUUCAAGCAUAUCGUGUUGCGACUAUUGUACUAUCCUGCAUGAAAGCGCACCGUGUGCGGACAGAAGUUAAGGCAGGUUUCACUGAUUCCAAUGGAGCUUUCGUCUCCUCAAUUUCGGUUAUUGCAUCUUCGGUAACGACCGUUUAUACUGUUAGUUGUCUCUGA